UAACUGGAAGACAGUUCCCUUUGAAUGGAGAGUGAGUUGCAGAGGACUACACCGGCAAUAUGAGAGCCCUGCGUUUGGUCCUGUUGAGUGCCUUCUUGCCCCUGCUCUGUCUGCCCAGCCCCAGCCAUGGAGCAUCCUACUUUGGGGACAGUUUCUGCAAGAUAACUUCGAUCCAAGAUGUCUCCUCCUUUCACCUGUCGCUGCAGUUCAAGACCAGCCGACGAAGUGGACUCCUCCUCCUGGCUGCAGGGAUGCAGGACUACCUAUUUCUGGAACUCCAAAAUGGGAAAUUGCAGGUGCGAAUGAACCUUGGGGCCAGUGAGAUGGUGCUAUCAUCAUCUCUGGGGCUGCAACUGAACAACCUCCAGGAGCACAAGGUGUCUAUCACGAUGCAGGAGGCCAAACUGACCAUGCUGAUCGAUGAUCUCUUUUCCACUUUCAUCUCUGUGCCUGAAACCCAGGAGGACCUCAACAUUGACAUGGGGGUUUACAUGGGGGGAACCGGAGACUUAGACGCCCCAUAUCUCAGUAAUGCCAUACCUCCAUUCCGCGGCUGCAUGACCAAUGUCAAGUUAGAGUCCCAUCAGUUUGAUAUUCUCGACUCCGAGCCCAUUGACUGCCAUGAUACAAAGGAGUCCUGUAGCAGUGAGUUUGAGGUUGGUGAUGGAGAGGCGACCAGCUUUAUCAGCCCAGACUCAUUUGUGUCCUUCCCUACUUGGAGCGGGGCUAGUGGUAGUGAAAGGACCUUGGAGUUUCUCAUGAAGACCACCAUCGAGGAUGCCCUACUCACCUUCCACCCUGGACGAGAGUCAGACUUUAUAGCUGUUGGCGUUGUGGGCGGUUACCUAAAAGGUGUGGUGGACUUUGGGAGUGGGAUUGUGGUACUCGACAACCCCAGAGUACAGCUAGAUGAUGAUCAGUGGCAUAGGAUCAGAGUCACUGUAGAUGCGAGUGUGUUUGAGAUGAACGUGGACAGCCAGCCUGCCUCUCUCUCUCUAAGGGGCUCAGAGCAAUUGGAUCUAGUUGGCAAUCUGUAUAUGGGGGGGAUCCAGGGCAAGAUGAAGGAUGUGUUUCGUGAUAGUAGCUUGUCUCGUAUGGAGGAGGUAAUAACAUCUGAGUCUUUUAUCGGAUGCAUGGGAGAAAUCAAAGUGAACCAGAAGGAGAGAAGCCUGCAGGACGCGUUGGUCACCAAAGACGUCCAUGUGAAAUGCGAGGGAGAGGACUAUGACUACUCAAGUUACUAUGAUGUUGAGGCAACCACAACUACGGCUCCUGUUCGGAUCCGAUAUGUCAGCGCUGACCCUAAUGAAAGACAUUGCUACCCAACUGACGACACACCAGAGGCCUUCCGGAACAUUACAAAACUUAUUGAAGUCAACCCUUUGCUUGUGCCCGAGGGUGGGGAAGCUUUUCUCGAUAUUAACAACCUUAGCCCUACAUUUAACCUAAACACUGUGGGAAUCCGCCAAUCCCAGAUCAUUUUCACUCUACAAAAUGACCCUUGGUACGGACUCGUAGAUAUGAACAUCCAUACCAGACGUACCAAAAAGUUUACACUCCUGGACGUGGUCAACAAGAAAAUCAAGUAUCUCCACGACGGCAAUGAAAAGUAUGGCGAUCAGAUCCAGUUGGAGGUGUUUGCCCAUAGUAACAGUUACCUUCCAGAAUGUCUUAAAAAUCCCCACCAGUACAUUCUCCCAGUGGAGAUCAUACCUGUCAAUGACACACCACAACUAAGCGGAGGAAACAUUUCCAUCACAGAAAACGGUCGCACUCGCUUAAAUCCCAACCUUAUCAAGAUUGUGGAUUCGGACACUCGCUGUGAGGAAUUGAUUGUCACCGUGACCUCAGAACCUCCCAGAGGGGUUGGCUACUUAGAAAAUGCCCAGCAACCAGGAAGAAGUAUCAAAGAGUUCACAUGCAGGCAGUUGAAAGACGGCGAUAUAUAUUUUGUCCACAGAACUGGGAGCGGUGGGAUAACUCUACAGGUAUCUGACGGACAAUCCAUAAGUCAUUCGACCACUUUUAAACUGUCCAUUACACAGCCCCAAAUGAGCCUUGUGACCAAUACUGGCCUUCUGUUGUCUCAGGGAAGCAACUCUUCCAUUGGGAUCCAGAACCUGGCCGUCAUUGCCACCCCUCGUAAUGGAGAUAUUGUGUUUAAUGUCACACAGGCUCUGAGAUAUGGUGAAUUGCAUGUUCUCACUCGCAAUGGUUUGCCCAAACAGGUGACAUCUUUUCACCAGUCAGAUUUGGAGCAAGAUCGCUUGAGAUAUGUUAGCACAGUUUCAAGUGACCUGGAGGACGUUGUGUCAGAUCAUUUUCAAUUUGAUGUCCAUCUUGGACAGUUUUCCCUAUGGAACAAUACUUUUUUGAUCAAGAUCACACCCUCCCAGGUUAAAAUGGCCCAAGUAGUUCCCCUUGAGAUUGAAGGCAAGGUAGAGCAAAAGGCAAUAAAACACACUGAUCUUGAAGCAGAAGUGAAGGGAAAAAGUGUAGCCCCAGAAACUAUAAGAUACAUCAUUCUGAAGGCCCCCACACUGGGUACUCUUCAAAUGAUUGGCAGGAAGCUAGUUGAGGGAGACAGUUUCACCCAACAGGACCUCUGGAAUGCCCAGGUCAGCUAUACAGUCCAGGUGCAAAGGGCGGUGGCUAAUGAGGACCAGUUCCAGUUCAGAGUCUUUGCAGAUAAUCAGUACUCCCCUAUGUAUACCUACCCAAUCAAGAUCCAGGCUGAUUCAGACGCCCCUGUUUUGACUAAUGAGAGACUCAUUGUCUUGGAGGGUGGGGAGAAUAUUCUGAACAAAGACUAUCUAUGGGUUCAGACAUCCAUCUCGACAAACUUUGUUUACAGGGUGACGCAAGACCCCAAGUAUGGCCGUCUCAUCAGGGAGUCCCCAUCUGGACAGCCCAGGUUCGACGGGGCCAUUAGAAUGUUCAGCAAUGAGGAUCUGAAUCUAGAUAGGCUGAUUUACCAACAUGAUGGCUCAGAGUCUAGCGAUGAUGAGUUCUCUUUCCUGGUAUUCGAGCAAGCAGCAGGAAGUGAAAACAUCAGAAUCGAUGGUCAAGAGUCUAUGAGCAGCAUGUUUAGAAUAUCUAUUCAGUCCAAGAACGACCACGUGCCUCUUAGAGUGGUUGAUAAAACCUUCAACGUGGUGCGAAACGGACAACGUUUGCUGACCACAGAAGAUAUCCUCUUCAGGGACAAUGACUCAGGGUUCAAUGAUACCCAGUUGGUCUUUGUUCGCACAGGCAUUCUCUCAGGAAAUAUUGUCUCCCCAUCAGACCCCUCGCAGCCCCUCUUUCGUUUCACUCAAGCAGACAUGAAAGACCAGAAUGUUCUAUUUGUGCACCAUGGAGCAGACCGUGAGCGCUUCCAGCUCCAGGUUUCUGAUGGCCUGCAUAAGACCACAGCCCUGCUGCAGAUCCAGGCUGGUGAGGCCUACCUCCGUGUGGUGAACAACACUAUGGUUGUUAUGGACCAUGGAAGCACAAAGACGCUCAACACCAGUCUGUUGAGUACAGAGUCCAACAUGGACAUUAGAGACGCCAGUGACAUUAGGUACCAAGUGACAUCACCCCCUAGUGAUGGGAAGAUCAUCGUGAGUGGGAUUGAGGCCUCUUGGUUCACACAGGAGGAUCUGAAAAAGAGUGUGGUGUCCUACGAGCAUAACGACCAGAGUCUGAGCUCCAAGGACUCGUUUGGCUUCACUGUGGAAGCGAAAGGAUUUUCUGAGGAAGGUACAUUCAGAAUAAAGAUCUUCAAGCAAGGCUAUCUGUCUGAGCCUGUGGUCAUCACCAAUGAGGUCAUCAUCUCCUAUGAGGGAGAGCACACUGUGAUCAACCAAGAUCAUCUUAAGGUAGAACAAGCAGACAUCCUGCCCUCUGAGAUGGUGUUCACCAUCAAGGAGCCUCCUCGUCUGGGCCACGUGGUCAUGCUGACCAACCACUCGGACAGUACAGCUACGCCCAGCCUCGACUACAUCCACUCCUUCACCCAGGAGGAUGUCAACAGGGGGCGCAUCCUCUAUGUCUCUGCCUCCAUCCAGGGCAGUGACGCCUUCGCGGCUGACGUCAGCAACGGGUUCACCACUGUGGAUGACCUCCGGAUGAUGGUGGACAUUGUGCCUCGCCUCAUCCCCAUCCAGGCCCUCAACUUCAGUGUGAGGGAGGGCGGUGGGAUGGCCCUUACCACUGAGCUCUUGAAUAUUUCUCACCCAUUCUACAGUGCGGUCAACGUGGACUUCGUCGUAGAGGAGCCACCGCAGCAUGGGGAUAUCCGCUACUUGGAUGGUGACGAACAAGAGCUCACCUUCUUUACCUGGGAGGAGGUGAAACUUGGACACAUCUACUACUUACAUGACAGCACGGAAAGUGGCGAAGACAAUUUCACACUCUCUGCCUCAGCCUAUGAGAUAGAGCGCCGCAGCCUUCCCGUUACCUUCACUGUCACCGUCUUCCCGGUCAACGAUGAGGCACCUAAACUGACAUGCAACACAGGACUGGAGGUUUUAGCUGGAGAGGAAUCGGACAUCACCACCAGCAUGUUGAAUACAGAAGAUGCUGACACCCCCAUCAAUGAGUUGGUUUAUUCCAUCGAGUCAACCAUCAAUGGGUUGGUGGCUCUAAAGGUGGAACCUGACGAAGAAAUUCAGAACUUCACACAGGCACAAAUUAACAAUGGGGAAGUCAUCUUUAUCCAUGAAGGUCUGGAGUCUGGAGGCUUCAGUUUUACCGUGACAGAUGGAGAGCACACCUCGCCUCUCUACCGCUUUGUCGUUACAGCUAGACAGCUCACCAUCACCAUGGAAACCGGGGAGGAGCUAAAGAUCUUUCCAGGAACAAGACAUGCCAUCACCAGUGCCAUUUUGAAGGCAGUGACCAAUGAGGAUGGAGAUGAGAUAAGCUUCUCAUUGGUCAGGCCUCCUCGCCUGGGAAGACUGAUCUUAGCCAACGACAGGAACCAGUUUGAAGAGAUCACAAGCUUCUCUCAGUCAGAUCUGGAGUCCGGGGCCGUCUUUUACGAGCACCAGAUGCCUGAGGAGCCCUUCUGGGUGGUCCGGGACUCUGUGGAGCUCCUGCUCUCCUCCCCUCCAGCCCCCGCUGUGCAUCACGUCCUCCCCAUCACCGUGUCCUACUCCGCAGCCAGCCACAACAUCUCCUCACAGCUCUGGAAGAACAGAGGUCUGGACAUAGUGCAAGGUCAGAAGAAGGUGAUUGACAGUUCCAUCCUGGACGCCUCCAACCUGCUGGCCAGCCUCCCCGAGGCGGAGCGAGGUUCCUUGGACGUGGUCUUUGAGGUGCGCCGCUUCCCGGCCCAUGGGAGAGUCACCCUGGGGGGCCUGAAUCUGCCCCAGGGUGCCCCCUACUUCAUGCAGGAGGAUGUGGCGCAGGGCGAGCUGGAAUACCUCCACGAUGACUCUGGAGCCUCCGUGGACAGCUUCUCUUUCCGAGCCCGGCUCAAAUCCCAGGGCCGCGGCACCCUUCCCCCCUCCCCAGCCCAGGCAGUGGUCCUGGAGGAGGUCUUCAACAUCUCGAUCCGGAGAAGGGACUCUAGUCCUCCAGAGCUGGUGAGCUUGGACGUUCUUCUGGAGGUUCUCCAGGGCUCCAUGACGGUGAUCACCCAAAAGUACCUCAACACCCGCGACGAGGACAGCACGCCCGAUGAGGUGCGCUUCACAGUCUCCAAGGCGCCCACCAACGGGCGGCUGGUGGAUGCCACCAAAGGCGACCACAUCUCCACGUUCACCCAGGAGGCGGUCAACAAGGGCCAGGUGGGCUUUGUCAGUGACGGAAGCCUGUCGGACGGCUUCAUAGAGUUCACUGUGUCGGACGGGAAGCACCACACUGAGCCGCACACUCUCCAUGUAGGAGUCCUGGCCCGGACGCUGGUGCUGGCCAAAGCCCCAGAGAUCCAGGUGCUGCAGGGGGACGACGAGACCCUAGUGACAGAGGAGAUGUUGAGGGCCACCACAGGUGGCCCCAAUGAGGAGGAAGUCCUCUACAAGAUCACCAGUGUGCCCAAGUACGCUGCCGUCAUGGUGGACCGGCAGCCCACGUCGGCCUUCACCCAGACCCAGAUAAGGGAGGGCCGGGUGAGCGUUCGCUUCAUCAAGUCCACCUCGCCCCGGGACAGCGUGGCCUUUGUGGCCCGGAGCCGGGCGGCCAAUGUCUCCUCUGUCCUCAACAUCACGGUCAAGCCUCUGGCCAACAUCCCCCAGGAACUCCUGCUGCCACGGGGUGCCACCGUGCUGCUAGACAAGAAGCUGCUGGAUGCCACGCCGCUGGCCAACAAGACCCGGACAUCACCCACCUUCAGCGUCAUCCAGCAACCGCAAGGCGCCCGCUUCGUGAGGGCUGGCGGGAGAGGGCCAGGGGGAGACGGCCAGCCCGUGGACACGUUCACCCAGAAAGAACUGGAUGAGGGACGUGUAGCCAUGGAGAUCCUGAAUGGAACAGGAGGCAGCCAAGCCCAGGACGUGGCUCGCUUCCUGCUCAAGGCCCACGGGGUCCCUCCAGCUGAGUGCGUUCUCUCCUUCAAGACGACCCCUUACAACGCCUCAGCGGUCUACCCGGCCACUCUCCUUAAGGUCCCUGGCGGGUCUGCAUGGUCCAAUAGCAACGACCUCCCUGGAGGGGCGGGGUCCCCACGCAUCACCCCAGCCAGCCCUCGCUGGAGGGGCAACAUGGACUGGCCUCAUGGAGGAGAUGCCCCUACCACUGCCUACACUGACAAAGACUCCCAUAGGAAACCAGUGGUGUCCAGGAGGAACAACCUGUGGUCCAUCCUCAUCCCCAUUCUGAUCCUCCUGCUCCUCCUCCUGCUGGUGGCCAUAUUGGCUUUCUACUUGGUGCGUCGCAACAAGACGGGCAAACACAAUGUGCAGACGGUGGCUGGCUCCAAGCCCAAAAACGGAGAGAUCAGCCAGGAGACCUUCCGGAAAACCGACCCGGCCAAUAACAUCCCCAUGUCCCAAAUGGACUCCAAAGACGCCGACCCGGAAUUGCUGCAGCACUGUCGGACAACGAACCCGGAGUUAAAAAAGAACCAGUACUGGGUAUGAGAGUUGACUGAUUGCUUAGACAUAGGAAACAGAGAGGAAGAUCCUCUACCAUUUUGAAUGCGGCCUUCUUGAAUCAUUCCUUUUCAGUGUUAAAGUCCUUUUUGCCAUGAUAGUAUUAAGAAAUGUGUAUGUUUUGAUAUCAUUGGACAUUUCACUAUCACAUAUUAACGUUGUGCCAAUCCUCAGGUCAAGAAACACUGAAUAUUUCCAUUGGUAAAAAUGUCACCAUUAAACUUAAGAGGGUUUUGCCUAACACGUAUAUUUAUUUUUAGGACAACUGCUGGACAUCUAUGAUGUACUUUUUCACAGGGCACAAAUGAGGACAUAUUGUGCUUGCUAAAAAUUUGUGUGCUGCCACAAUAUAUUCAGUAUGCUAUUAUAGGACAAUAUUACUAAUUUGACUACAUAAACAGAUUUAUUUGAAGUUUUGGUAAUAGUUUUAUUGUAGUUUCGCUUUAACAGUAAAGGUGGACAAGUGUGUACAUAAUUCAGCUCAAUAAGGUAGAUCUAUGCUGUAUGAAGGAAAAGGAAAAACUGCCUUUUGUUUUUGAUUAUUAUUCUAUAAAUGUAUUAUUGACCAUGUAUUUUUUUUUUUGCUUUGUUGUUCGGCCCCAAUUCAAUCUAACUUCUGUUGCAGUAUUUACAAAGCCACAUAUGACAUUUGUCCUGUUGUAGAAUCAAAUCUGAGGGGUUUUGGGCAGAUCCUUCUAUUUAGAUAUACACUACAUCACCAAAGUAUGUAGACACCCCUUCAAAUUAGUGGUUUCGGCUACUUCAACCACACCCGUUGAUGACAAGUGUAUAAAACCGAGCACACGGCCAUGCAAUCUCCAUAAACAAACAUUUGCAGUAGAAUGGCCCAUGCUGAAGAGCUCAGUGACUUUCAAUGAACCAACAUAAGAUGCCACCUUUCCAACAAGUUAGUUAAUCAAAUUUCUGCCCUGCUAGAGCUGCCCCGGUCAACUGUAAGUGUUAUUGCGAAGUGGAAACAUCUAGGAGCAACAAUAGCUCUGCCGCAAAGUUACAGAAGCUCACAGAAAGGGACAGCCGAGAGCUGAAGCGCAUAGCGCUUUAAAAUCGUCUGUCAUCGGUUGCAACACUCACUAACAAGUUCCAAACCACCUCUGGAAGCAACGUCCGCACAAGAACUGUUCGUCGGGUGUUUCAUGAAAUGGGUAUCCAUGGCCGAUCAGCCGCAACCAAGCCUAAGACCACCAUGCACAAUGCCAAGCUCGCCGUCAUUGGACUCUGGAGCAGUGGAAACACAUUCUCUGGAAUGAUGAAUCAUGCUUCACCAUCUGGCAGUCCAGAUAAGAAGAACACUAAACUGAAAGCAGAUAUUAAAGAGCAUUUAGAUUACCACCUGCAGUUUUUUCACACUAAAAGUUUAGAAAUAUCUCAACUUAGUAUUUAGAACUAAGAAGAAUCCUUAAGUUUUGCCAUUGAGUUUAGGUUGUGAAAAGAUCUAUUUGGCGCUAUUGGAAAUAUUAUUGUAAAUCUCUGUUCAAAGUAUAUAGAUGCAUUAUGAAUAAUGUCUGUUCAACCAACACUGUUGUAACUUUAUUUGAUGGAUCAAGAAAUGACUACAGGGGUGUUUGUUGUUUCUAACAUCCCAAAGUUUGACCUAUCUUUGUCCUCAGCUGGGCUGUCCCUCUAAAGUGGCUGUGUAGACAGCCUUAAGUGUAUUUCCAGAGGUUCUCUCUUAAAAUAACUGCACAGCCGGGCUGCAUACCAGUUAUUUUGCCCCCCCUUCCCUCCACCCCUCCUCCCCUUCACUCUUCACUUGUUGGAAGACCACCACCCCCAUCCCAUUGGCUGGCACACAGUGACUACAUGGCCCAGAUCAAAAGCCAAAUCAAGCCCUGUUUCCCAUCGGGGCGUCCACCCUGGCAAUUUCCCACCAUAACCCCAGCCUCUGGCCUCCUCCAUGGUCUGGGGACGGGGUUGUGCUAGACUGAGAGCUGUGUUUUCCUUGGCUGUGUCUGGCUUUGUAGUCUGACCAAGCCCACUGCAGGGCCUCAGACACUCACAUGCAUGCAUGCACCCACACAUGCACACACACACACAACCUGUUAUGUUUGUUAUUUUUCCAAUACCAAAUAGACUACCCUCAUAGGAAUAUACUUCAAUUGUUCAUAUGAUGUCACAAGUGUCUCAGGGCAGUAAUUGUGAAAAGAUGCUCCCUAAACAUUGCUAAGGCAGUUUUGAUUGAAUUGACCCUAGAUCUUUCAACCAGCUUUUAAUCGUAUCCUUUCAUUUAGCCUUUCAAUGCUAAAGAGUUGCUCAAAACUGAACCACUUGCUUGGAUUCACAGGACUGACAUGACACUGAUGACAAAAAAACUGCAUAGUAUAACAUUUCGGCACCACAGACAGGACGUGACUCACGAGUGGCUGUCUUAAAAGCAACUCUAUUGGCUGACAAGCAGCGGUGAGGUCAUUUUAGAACUGCCGGAGUUUUAUUUAUCCCAGCCUGCAAUUAAUGUUUAAUAAAGGCUCUGAUUUCUAUAUGUGAAGUUGAGAGAAACAUCUGUGAUAGGAUAGGUGUUUUACCUAAGCUCCACUGGUUGGAUCAUGUAGUAUAGCACAUUCUGUGAGAGGUUAUUCUCUAGCUUGGUCCCAGAUCUGUUUGUGAUGUCUUUCCAACUGCUAUGGUUGUUGUGAUUUGGCAAGACAACACAAACACAUCUGCGGCCAGGCUAGGUAUUCUGUGCUGAUGAGCUUUUGUGUCCCAUUAGCGGUUUGAAUUCCAUAAUUAAGUUGACCAGAUGAAGGUACAGUACAAUCUUGCAAUUUCAGGAGAUACAGUGUACAGCUUAUGCCAUAAGUAAUAACACUCAAAUUGGCAUCACAUCCUGGUGGUGUUGAAAUGUUUAUCUAUAGACUUACCCUGAAAAUUAGCACACACAAAAAUUCAAGAUAGACAUUGAUGGACACGCAUAGUUUGAGUAAGAAACAGUUAUUUACUGUCAGUGCACUGCAGGGUGUUUUCUUUUCUUUUGAUAUAGUGAUCUGAUAGAAAAUAAUAGGUCGUAAGUCAUAUCAACCACAAUUUACAGAAACUUGUAUUAUUUUACUGUUACUACAUUUACUAACCAAAUGUCCUUUUUAAUUUAAUUGAACGGUGCCUAUUACCUUGUAUAUACUCUGUUGCUUUUAAAUUAAAUUAGCUGCUGACUGUUGUGAAGAUGUCAAAUUAGGAAAACAUUUGUUCGGAAUUAGACAAUAUAAAGGGUAAAGAUAAUUAUCAUAUAAUCACCAAUUAUAUGAGAAUAUUGUUUGAUGUAUUUUAUCAUUUGAUGAAAAUAAAUGGGCCCGAAGGUUAGUAUCGUUACAAAAUCUAACAGUAUAACACAUUUUUGCAACAGUUGUACAUUUAUUUUCCUUUGAAAUGACUAUAUACAGUGCAUUCAGAAAGUAUUCAGACCUCUUGACUUUGUCCACAUUUUGUUACGUUACAGUCUUAUUCUAAAAUGGAUUUGAUUGAUUUUUUCCUCAUCAAUCUACAUUAAAAAAAACUUAAAUAUCACAUUUACAUAAGUAUCCAGACCCUUUACUCAGUACUUUGUUGAAGAUCCUCAAACUGUGUCAUGUUGGAUGGUGAGUGCCACUGCACAGCUAUAUUCAGGACUCUCCUGAGAUGACUCUCCUGGUUCAAGUCUGGGCUCUGGCUGGGCCACUCAAGAACAUUCAGAGACUUGUCCAGAAACCACUCCUGUGUUGUCUUGGCUAUGUGCUUAGGGUUGUUGUCCUGUUGGAAGGUGAAUCUUCGCCCCAGUCUGAGGCCCUGAGUGUUCUGGAGCAGGUUUUCCUCAAGGAUCUUUUUGUACUUUGCUCCGUUCAUCUUUCCCUCGAUCCUGACUAGUCUCCCAGUCCCUGCCUCUGAAAAACAUCCCCACAGCCUGAUACUGCCACCACCAUGCUUCAUCAUAGGGAUGGUGUCAGGUUUUCUCCAGACGUGACGCUUGGCAUUCAGGCCAAAGAGUUCAAUCUUGGUUUCAUUCAGGUGUCUUCUGGCAAACUCCAAGUGGGCUGUCAUGUGCCUUUUACUGAUGAGUGGCUUCCAUCUGGCCCCUCUACUAUGAAGGCCUGAUUGGUGGAGUGCUGCAGAGAUGGUUGUCCUUAUGGAAGGUUCUCCCAUCUCUACAGAGGACCUCUGGAGCUCUGUCCGUGACCAUUAGGCUCCUCCUCCUGGUCACCUCACUGAACAAGGCCCUUCUCCCCCGAUUUCUCAGUUUGGCUGGGCAGCGAGCUCUAGGAAGAGUCUUGGUGGUUCCAAACUUCUUCCACUUAAGAAGGAUGGAGGCCGCUGUGUUCUUGGGAAUGUUCAAUGCUGCAGACAUUUUUUGGUACCCUUCCCCAGAUCUGUGCCUAGACACAAUCCUGUCUACAGACAAUUCCUUCGACCUCAUGGCUUGUUUUUUGCUCUGACAUGGACUGUCAACUGUGCAACCUUAUAUAGACAGGUGUGUGCCUUUCCAAAUCAUGUCCAAUUAAUUGGAUUUACCACAGGUGGACUCCAGUCAAGUUGUAGAAACAUCUCAAGGAUGAUCAACGGAAACAGGAUGCACCUGAGCUCAAUCAAGUCUCAAAGGGUCUGAAUACUUAUGUAAAUAAGAUAUUUCUGUUUCGUAUGUUUAAUACAUUAGCCAACAUUUCUAAAAUCCUGUUUUUCACUUUUUCAUUAUGGGGUGUGUGUAGAUUGAUGAGGAAAAAACUGUAUUUAAUCAAUUUUAGGAUAAGGCUGUAACGUAACAAAAUGUGGAAAAAGGGAAGGGAUUUGAAUAGUUUCAGGAUGUACUGUAUGUACCAGUUUUAUAUCUAUUUUCUUUAGAUAGCUACACAUUACCUUGUUACUUUUAGAGGCUGUUGCUGUUUUUGUUUAAAAAAAACUAUUAUCUGUAGAGCAUGAUAUUACAGUAUAAUAUUGGUAUCAGAUACACCAUUCAGGAGAUAGCUCAGGAAAUGUCUGAAUUGUGAUUCCUUUUACAGUAUUAUUAUAGGCAAGGAGCCUUGUUGUUUCGUUUCUGUUUAAUUGAUUAAGUCCAUGCCUUGAUGGCUAUUUUGUAAAUGUUAUAUUUUUAAAUACCAUUGCUUGUGCAUACCUCAUAGAAUAAAAAUACAAUUUUUUUUUCUUUGAUUUGCAAUGCUAAUAUGCCAUAUUUUCUAUAUUUGCACUUUUCCGCAGUUGUCUCUUUCCCUCUUCCUGUUGAGGGCAUCUUUGCAUAUCACCCCUAAUAUGUUUCUGCUUUUAUUUAUUUGUUUUGGUCACUUCUGCCAUAAAUAGACUUGGUUAUUUGGUUUGUCAGAGGUGUACUUUGUAAAUGCAACCCAACAACAUGUGCCUUAAAUUGUCAUAAAAUUCCAAUCCUCAGACAAAUAAAGAGUUAUGUCCAUGGAA